UCGGUCUCACGGAAAGAAGUAUCUGAAGAUAGAGUAUCUGUAGCUGAAGCUGCAAACGAUACGCGUGCGCCGUGCGAAUUUCGCCAAGUUUUGAAAUAGUUGAAAUCAGUGAUAUCAGAAAACCAGACAACAAUCAAACUAAAGUUAUCAUGUCACAGUGCCUAUAAGCAGUGAAACAAUCAAUAACAACAAACUAAAGAAAAAGCAAAGACUUGCCAAUUGAAACACUUUUGGAUUAGUUUCAAGCUACCAAGUGAAGCUACCAACGAGCUACCGGAGAUCUACCAAAAUGGUACGCAGCCUGGCCCAGUGGACCAAGACGCUGAGCUUUCCCUCGCGCCUGUCGCCCAACCGCAACUCCAAGGAUUGCUCCACAUUGGCCAGCCCCGUGCCGCCGCCGACGCCGCCACGCAACAAGACGCACAACCAUUGUGCCACCUCGAGGUCCUCCUCAUCGACAGUGUCCUCGUCGCACUCCUCUUCGGCCAAUUCUCACAGUUCACCGACGCCAGGAAGCAAUGGCACCAACAACAACAACAACAACAAUAUGCCCAUAACGGAACUGGAACAGAUUAUCUAUCCCGGUCCAGAUCCCAAGCACAUCAUGGGCUCCCUGGUGUUCUGCAUCCACCACAAACAGGGCUGCAAGUGGUCCGAUGAGCUCCGCAAGCUAAAGGGCCAUCUCAAUGCCUGUAAGCACGAUGCCACUCAAUGCCCCAACAAGUGCGGCGCCCAGAUCCCACGGAUCAUGAUGACCGAUCAUCUGCAGUACACCUGCACAAUGAGGCGCACGCGAUGCGAGUUCUGUCAGAGCGAGUUCUCUGGCGCCGGGCUGGAGGAACACAACGGUAGCUGUGGCCAGGAGCCAGUCUACUGUGAAGCCAAGUGCGGACAGAGAGUUCUGCGCGGGCGGAUGACCCUCCACAAGUCGAAGGACUGUGCGAAACGUCUCCGCCGCUGUGCCCAUUGCCAGCGCGAGUUCUCGGCGGACACACUUCCGCUUCAUGCGGCCCAGUGCCCAAGGGCUCCAUUGGCCUGUCCGCAGCGCUGCGAUGCGGGUCCGAUUGCCCGCGGAGAGCUGGAGGCGCAUCUGCGCGAUGAGUGCCAGUCGCUGGCUGUGGCCUGUAGCUUCAAGGAGGCUGGAUGCCGCUUCAAGGGCCCACGGCAGAUGCUGGAGGCGCACCUGGAGAGCAAUGCGGCGGCUCAUCUGUCGCUGAUGGUAGCGCUGAGCUCGCGCCAGGGCCAGCAGAUCCAGAUGCUGAAGUCGGCAGUGUCCAAGCUGUCCAUCAACUACACGGGCACCCUGUUGUGGAAGAUCACCGACUGGUCGGCCAAGAUGACCGAGGCGCGGGGCAAGGACGGCCUCGAGUUGGUCUCGCCGCCCUUCUACACCUCCCAGUACGGCUACAAGCUGCAAGCCUCCAUGUUCCUCAAUGGCAACGGACCCGGCGAGAACACCCACGUCUCUGUGUACAUUAAGGUGCUGCCCGGAGAGUACGAUGCUCUUUUGAAGUGGCCCUUCUCGCACUCCAUCACGUUCACGCUGUUCGAGCAGGGCGCCCAGAGCGGCCAAGGGGGCGUGGCCGAGUCCUUUGUACCCGAUCCCACUUGGGAGAACUUCCAGCGACCCUCCAACGAGCCCGACCAGCUGGGCUUCGGUUUUCCCCGCUUCAUCUCGCACGAACUGCUGCACAGUCGACCCUUCAUCAAGGACAAUACCGUCUUUCUGCGCGUGAAGGUGGAUCCCAGCAAAAUUGUGUCCGUCUAGGUACCAGAGACGAAGGACCCCGACCCCACCACUAGCCCUAGACAUUUACUCGACUUCUGUAAAUACUGUGUAUUUAAAUUUAUGAGUAAAUCCUACCGUAGCCCACUCCCUGUACAGCCACGGGCCCUCAGCGACAGCUUCGGGCGGCAGUUAGCCGGAAAGUGCUAACUGGCCUUGGAAUGCUGUCCCAGACCGACCCCCGACUGCGUAUUAGUCAUAUUCACUCGUAUUCAGCAUCAGCUUCAGAUUCGUGGAUUAGGUUCUUGCAGUGCUGGAAUUAAACCAAAGCAUACAUACAUACAUACAUCUAUAGAAUAUAAAAUAAUAACUUAAUGAAGAUAGUACUACCGCCUUAUGGGUACGCCUAAGUUUGUGUGUUAAGUCUUUUGUUUAGAGAUUUGUAUUUUUGCGCGCAAUGCGAACACUUUCAAAAGAUCUUCAAACUAGACCGUACGCUCAAAAAUCAGUUUGUGGAUAAUAAGUUGCAUGUACAUAGAAUAACCGAGAUACCGCAAUCGCAAUCGUAAUCGCGACCGCAACGGCAAUCGCACCGCAGCCCUAGUUCUAGUUCUAGUUAUAGCAUCUAGCAUCUAAACCAACGCAUUAGUCAUUAGUACCAUGAACAUGAACGUAAACCAUGAGAAUACAACUUUCAGCAUAGUCAGAGAUAAGUUUGUGUUUAAAAACUAAGAAGUCAAAACUACAAUAAAAUCAACUAUUCGAAGAAAA